AUGGCUUAUGGUAAAAUAGUGUGGCAAGGUUUUGGUUGUCGAAAUUCGAUGGGCAAUGAUACUCAGCGAAAUACCAAUCCCGAAUACUUAAAUGGAACAUAUGGUGAUAACAUGGAAAUCGAAGAGAAACGCGAAGGAUGGGACAAUAAAAUGCAAUUUUUUAUGGGAGUUAUUUCAUAUGCUGUCGGCCUUGGAAAUGUUUGGAGAUUUCCAUAUCUUUGUCAAAAAAAUGGUGGUGGAGCAUUUUUGAUUCCUUAUAUUCUAAUGAUGAUAUUCGAAGGAAUGCCUUUAUUCCUCAUCGAAUUAGGAAUUGGCCAAAAAAUGCGUACAGGACCAGUUGGUGUUUGGAAUGCUAUUCAUCCAUAUCUUGGUGGUGUCGGUGUUUCAGCAGCUAUUGUAUCAUAUCUUGUUGCUAUUUAUUAUAACGUUAUAAUUUCGUGGUGUAUCUAUUAUUUAUUCAGUUCAUUUAGAAUGGAAUUGCCGUGGGGAAAGUGCCCAGAGGUGAAUAACACAAUUGUUGAAGAAUGUGAAAUGUCUAGUUCAAAAACUGUUUAUUUCUGGAAUAGAGUGGCAACCGACGCCAGCAAUUCAUUUGAAGAAUCAAAUGGUUUCGUUUAUCAUAUCACAUUUUCACUCAUAUUGGCUUGGUUUAUCAUUUAUCUCUGCGUUAUGCGAGGAAUUAAAAGCAGUGGAAAGGUGAUGUAUCUCACCGCAACUUUCCCUUAUAUUGUCACAACGAUAUUUCUAAUUCGUGCUAUUGCGUUAAAUGGUGCAAUUGAUGGUUUAAAAUAUUUAAUAUCACCAGAUCUAUCUCGAUUGCUGGAUUCCAGCGUUUGGCUUGAAGCUGCUACUCAAAUAUUUUACAGCAUGGGCCUUGGAUUUGGAGGUUUAAUUGCAUUCGCAUCAUAUAAUCCUAUCAAAAAUAAUUGCAAGAAAGAUUGCGUGAAACUCUCGUUUUGCAAUUUAAUAACAUCGUUAUAUACAGCUGUUUUAAUAUUUUGUGUUUUGGGUUAUAUGGGCGAAAAAAAUUAUCAUAGCUGUUUGGAUAAAGAUAUGGCAAUUAUUCUCGAAUUGUAUCCGCGACGAUUUGAUAAUCUCGCUGAGCUUAAACAAAACAUUAGUGUAGAACGAUAUAUAGAAUGGAUGCAUGACAGUUUCCAACAGAGUGAAUUUCCUUUGUUAGCCAAUGUGUCAAAAUAUUGUAAUUAUGAGAAGAUUGUCGCAGAGGCUGCUGAAGGAACUGGUCUCGCUUUUGUGGUUUUUACAGAAGCUAUUUUACAAUUUCCAACGCCACCUAUUUGGUCAAUUUUUUUCUUCCUUAUGCUAUUAAUGCUAGGUCUAGGAUCAAUGUUUGGUACACUUGAAGGUAUUAUUACUUCGUUAAAUGAUAGCAAUUUGGUUGCAAUCAAAAAACCUCUUCUCUCUGCGAUUAUUUGCACAUCGUCAUGCCUUAUUGGUUUAUAUUGGGUUUCGUUAUUCGAUCAAUUUGCUGGUAGUUAUGCGCUUAUGGUUGUUGCAUUUUUCGAAAUCGUUGCUGUUAUUUAUGUAUAUGGCUGCAGGAAAUUUACUCGAGACAUUGAACUUAUGACAGGUGAAAGUGUAUCUUUAUAUUGGACUAUUUCUUGGCGUAUUUUUGCACCAUUAAUUAUGAUUGGAUUAUUCAGUUCUUCAAUAACAUUACAAGUUGCUACGGAAUAUCCAGCUUGGGCUCUUUUUAUCGCAUUAACUAUGGUUAUUUGCACGAUUGCACCAGUGCCUGCCGUUACAUUCGUUCGAGCUAUGAAAUUAUUCAAAUGUGAGCCCGACAUACCAACGAUAUAA